AUGUCACAGAUUGAUCCCAACAAGGUGGCUUUCAAGCCAGAAAAGACGUUUGCUUCUUACAACCAUGAGCAAGGCAAGGCUUAUGCUCAGGUUCGCCGCGAUUAUCAUCCCAACGUUUAUCAAGCCGUUCUCGACUAUCACACUUCGACCGGAGGGAAGCUCGACAUGCUUGUUGAUGUCGGCUGUGGGCCUGGAAACGCCGCUAGACAACUUGGGAAAAACUUCAAUCAUGCAAUCGGUCUCGAUCCCUCUCAAGGAAUGAUAUCGAUGGCUCGCUCACUUGGUGGAACCACAGCAACUUCGGAGGCAAUUAAAUUCGAGACCUCCAAUGCUCAACAGCUAGGAGCGAAUCUUUCGCCACCCAUACAAGAUUCAAGCGUUGACCUCAUUGUUGCUGCCACCGCUGCGCACUGGUUUGAUAUGUCGGAAUUCUGGCCUAGCGCUGGCCGCAUCCUCAAGCCGGGUGGAACUGUGGCAUUUUGGACUUCUGGCGAGGCGCGCACCGAUCCAACUCUGCCAAAUGCCGAGGCUAUCCAGGCUGCUGUGGAAGAACACGAAGAACGAUAUUUGAGACCGUACUUUGAACCAGGGAAUCUACUCAACCGGAACCGCUAUCGUGACCUGUUGCUCCCAUGGACUUUAGCACAACCUGUGACAGAUUUUGACGAAAGCGCAUUUGUGAGAAAAGACUGGAAGUUUGGAGACGAGUUCGUUGUUGGAGGCUCUGAAAUAGAUCUCGACUCAUUUGAGAAGCUUUGGGCAUCUGCAAGUGCACAGGUGCGUUGGUAUAAGGCACACCCUGAUGAUGUCGGCACCGAGCGUGAUCCAGUAAAGUUACUACGUCAUAAGAUCGAGGGUUUGUUGCAUGAGGCAGGAGUAGAAAAGGGGAAGGAACGACUUAGGGGGGCUGUCGCUGGUACAUUACUGGUGGUCAAGAAAAGAUCAUAA